CAACUCUCUUUCCAGUCACUAUGAUCAAUUUGUUAUGAACUUUAACAUGAAUGACUGGGUAAAGACAGUGCCAGAGCUACACGGGAUGCUCAAAACGGCAGAGAUGAACAUUUCCAACAAAGUAAGCCAAGUGUUAAUGGUUCGAUCUGGUGGUGUUAAAAAGCCCAAAACAAAGAAGAAAAGUUAUAACAGCAAAAACAAAGGAAAGGCUCUUGUUGCUGCCAAACCUGCCACCAACAAGAGCAAGCAAGCUGUGAAAGCCCCUCUUCCAGAAGAGCGGCAAUGCUAUGAGUGUAACAAGAUGGGGCACUGGAAACGUAACUGCCCCGAGUAUCUUGCCAAGCUCAAAGUGAAGAAGGCUAAUGGAGAAGGCACUUCUUCAGGAGCCUGAGAAGUGGAAGAAACUGAAGCCGGGAGACAUGGAGCUCAUUGUUGGCGAUGGGAAAAGAGUCCCAGUUCUGGCAACUGGCACAUUUAAUCUUACAUGUCCUUCUGGUCUUAUCGUUGUUUUGAACAAUUGUCUUUAUGCACCUGGUUUAACCAGAAACAUCAUUUCAGUUUCGUUGCUUUAUGAACAAGGAUUUAGAUAUGUUUUUAAUGGUAUUGCUAUUUCUGCUUAUCUAAAUGGUAUUUACUAUUUUGAGGCUAAACCUCGAAACGGUAUCUAUGAAAUUAAUGUUCAGCCUAGCAGUAACAUAUAUCACCUUUCUAAAUGUCAGAAAAAUGGUACUAGUGAUUCAUUCCUAUGGCAUUGUAGACUUGGCCAUAUAAGCAAGGCACGCGUAAAAUGGCUCCAAUCUGAGGGGAUUCUUGAAUCCACCGGAACGGACUCAUUUGAUGAUUGCGAGUCUUGCUUAGCUGGCAAACUCACCAAGGAUCCCUUCACCCAUGUUGGUGAACGAGCUAGCGAUCUACUAG